CCCAUCCCCAUCCCAUCCACCACCUCUUAAAACCUCGGCCGCCCACCCCCCACAUCUCGCCAGCCAAAACCGACUCCGCACCGGCACGUACCGACAUCAACGCGGGCGCGCUCCCUUGCUCCGGGCAAUGGCCCUCCUCCUCCUCCUCGCCUACGCCGCGCUCGCCGUGGCGGCGCUCUCGCACAGGUCCGCGCUCCACGCGCUGCGCCGCCUGUGGCGCUGGGCCGACGACCAAACGCAGGCGUACCAGCUCCACCAGGUGCCGCGCAGGCUCCCUGGUGCUGAGGGAGUCCACCGGGAGAACCCGCUGUUCCUCAAGGCCGCGGCGUACGUCUCCUCGCUGCCGUCGCUCGAGGACGCCGACGCCGUCUCCGUGCUCUCCUCCUCCGCCAACAAGACCCACGGCGGCUUCUCGCUCCGCCUCGGCCCCGGCCACACCGCGCGCGACGCCUUCCUCGGCGCGCGCCUCGCGUGGACCUGCCUGGCCCGCGAGGACGGCGAGGAAGCGCUCGUGCUGCGCGUGCGCCGGCACGACCGGGCCCGCGUGCUCCGGCCCUACCUGCAGCACGUCGAGUCCGUGGCCGACGACAUGGAGCUACGAAGGCGGGAGUUGAGGCUCUUCGUCAACGUGCGCGGCGGCGUCGACGGGGCGCCGAGGUGGGCGUCGGCGCCGUUCGCGCACCCUGCCACGCUCGACGCGGUGGCCAUGGACCCGGACCUCAAGGCGCGCGUCCGCGCUGACCUGGAGAGCUUCGCCAAGGGCCGCGCCUACUAUCACCGGCUCGGCCGCGUCUGGCGCCGGAGCUACCUGCUCCACGGCCCGCCCGGCACCGGCAAGUCCACCUUCGCGGCGGCCAUGGCGCGCUUCCUCGGCUACGACGUGUACGACGUGGACCUGUCCCGCGCCGACGUCGACCUCCGCGCGCUGCUCAUGCAUACCACCCCGCGCUCCCUCAUCCUCCUCGAGGACCUCGACCGCCACCUGCAGCUCCAAGACCACGGCGCGGAGGCGCGGGUGCUGAGCUUCAUGGACGGCGUGGCCUCGUGCUGCGGCGAGGAGCGGGUGAUGGUGUUCACCAUGCGGGGCGUCGCGCCCUUGCCCGCGGCGGUGGCGCGGCCGGGGCGGCUGGACGUGCACGUCCGGUUCACGCUCUGCGACUUCGAGGCCUUCAAGGCGCUGGCCGGCAGCUACCUAGGGCUGACAGACCACAAGCUGUUCCCGCAGGUGGAGGAGGGGUUCCAAGCCGCCGGCGAGCGUCGCCCCAGCCCCGCCGAGCUUGGCGAGAUCAUGCUCGCCAACCGCGCGUCCUCGAGCCGCGCGCUCCGCACCGUCAUCACGAGGCUCCAGCACGAGCGCGCGUCGGAAGGCUCGGCCGCGCCGACAACGGCGCCGCCGCGGAUGCCGCACAGAAGGAUCACGAGCUGGUCCGGGGCCGGGCAGUGGGACGGCGGGGCGGAGGAGGAUGCGGGGACGACGGCGUGCGCGGGCGGCGGGGUGUUGGGCAAGGACGCGGCGCCGAUGCGGGAGCUGAAGAAGCUGUACGGGCUGAUCAAGACGAGGAGCCGGAAGGAUGGCCCCGGGGUCGCGCCGUCGGAGGAAGGCGAGGCGACGGCGGCGGUGAGCGGACGCUGGUCCGGGUCCGGCAGCAACCACGGCAUGGAGCGGUGAAUUUUGGGUAGCCGGCGGCGGUAGAGCACGUGGUCGUAGCACAGUGUGGAGGAGUAGUCCUUUUGAGCAGAGUAGCUACAAAAGAGUAGAAAGCUUUUCUUUAGGGUAGAAAGUUGAAAACUGCCCUGAAGCUACAAAAAAUUCCAAACAGCAUUUUGUUAACGUCCAAGAGAUGCUUUUUUAUAGGCGUGUCAAAGUAAAAGUUUGAACA